AUGCACACAAGCUCACUUACUCAGAAGGAGAAUAGAUCACAUUACCUACCUGUCUCUCUCUCUCUUUCUCUCUCUCUGUCUCUUUCUCUCUGUCUCUUUCUCUCUCUCUCUCUCUUUCUCUCUCUCUCUCUCUCUCUCUUUCUUUCUCUCUCUCUCUCUCUCUCUCUCUCUCUCUCUCUCUCUCUAUAUAUAUAUAUAUAUAUAUAUAUGAUCUGUGAAACUUCCAUCCUAACCAAUUCUCUCUGUCAAAAUGUUUCUCUGUUUGUUUUAUUUUUUCUAUCAGUUUCUCUCUUUCUUUUUCUUCUCCGUAUUUUUCUAUUUUCUCACAUUUUUUCUUUCUUUUUUUUUCACUUGUUUUUCCUUUCUCAUUCUUUUUUACUUUUUAUUUCCUUUUCUUUUUUAUUUUUCACUUCUUUUUCUCUUUUCCUCUUCAUUCUUCUUUUUUCCACUUCUUUUUUUCUUUUCUUUCUUCUUUGCACUUUUAUAUUUCUUGAUUUCUUUUUCUGUCUUUUAUUUUCCCAUUUUCUCUUCUUUACUCUUUUAUUUUCUUCUCUUAUUUUCCCUUCUUUUUCUUUCUUUUUUUUUUACCUCUCUUAUUUUUCUCUUUCUUUACCUCUCUUAUUUUUCUCUUUCUUUUCUUCUUUUUGCUCUUUUAUUUUCUUUGUUUCAUUUCCUCAUUCAUAUCUCUUCCUUUUAAUUUCCUUUCUUUUUUCUCUCUUUUCUUUUUCCUUUUGCGCUUUUAUUUUUCUCUUUUUCCUUUCCUGA